AUGAGACAAUUAGCCAGCAUUCAACGCAUCCUGCUGCUGGAGCCGAUUCCCGGUGCGGAUGCAAUAGAAAAAGCUACCGUACUGGGCUGGCAGGUAGUUGUAAAAAAGAAUGAAUUUGCGGUGGGCGACCUCUGUGUGUACCUGGAGAUCGACAGUAUAUUACCGGAACGACCGGUGUUUGAAUUCCUACGGUCUAAAAACUUCCGCAUCCGCACAACAAGGCUGCGCGGACAGGUGUCGCAGGGCAUCUGUUUCCCGCUCAGUAUCCUGCCGCCGUACACCACUAUUAUGGAAGGCGCAGAUGUAACCGCGAUACUUGGCGUGGAGAAAUAUGAACCACCUGUACCCGCAAACCUGAAGGGCAUGAUAAAAGGGACUUUCCCUUCCUGCAUUCCCAAGACCGAUGAAACAAGGGUACAGAAGUCGCGCCGGGCCACGGCUGCAUUCCAGUCGGCUGUGUUGCGGGCAAAGUACCAGCUGCCGGAAUAA